AUGACAAAGGCGGGCAAACCAACCCUAAGCCCUAGUGCUCGCUACGCACUGCCGCAACGGCCAACCAAAACCCAGCAAAGUCUAUCGCGAUUCCAUCCGCACCGACGCCCCUCGACUUCGACAACUCCCAGCAGCAACCUCCGUCGUCGCCAACCCGCAGUCGUCCCAACCGUCGUGAUGGCGCAAGAACGUUCCGGAAUCGUGGUCGGUCUGAACAAGGGCCACAAAACCACCCCCCUCAACACCCCCAAGACCCGGAUCAGCCGUACCAAGGGCCAGUCUUCCCGCCGCACGGCCUUCGUUCGUGAGAUCGCCCGCGAGGUUGUCGGUCUUGCCCCCUAUGAGCGUCGUAUCAUCGAACUCCUGAGAAACACUCAGGACAAGCGCGCUCGUAAGCUCGCCAAGAAGAGACUCGGUACCUUCGGCCGUGGCAAGAGAAAGGUCGAGGACAUGCAGCGUGUCAUCGCCGAGGCCCGCCGCACUGGCGCUCACUAA